AUGCGUCUCCAAUCUCUCGCUCUUUUGGCCGGUGCCACUACAGCCCUCGCUGUCCAGACAACCUCUCUUUUCCUCCCCGGAUUCGACGAGCAACGAAUUGAUGGCAAGGUCAUUGGCACUAGCGGCUCCAUGACCAAAUAUUAUCUCAAGUGCGCUCCCAAUGUUGACGCCGACGAGUGCGGCCUUCCCUUCGAUGGUAUGACCGUGGCCCAAGGCCCUUCAACCGUCAGCCUGGCAUACAGCACAGAGGAUGUCACCAUCAGCGAGAGCUGCAAGUUCGAUUCCAUAAGCGCGACGUGCGGCGCAACCGUCGUGACCGAUGGCAGCACCUCCUCGUGGCACUCGGCCAUCGCAAUCAGCGAAAUCCCCGGUGGCGUGUACAUGCCCGUGACUAUCACUGCAACUGGAACUGACGGCUCUUCCGCCACCACUGGUGCUGCCGUCUCCGCUUCUACGGCCGCUUCGACUAGCGCUGCUACUAUGACUACCUCUGCUUCUACUUCUGAUAGCACCGCUGCUGGAACUAGCACUGGAACUAGCACCGGAACGAGCACUGACAGCAGUGCUGCUGCCACCAGCCAGACUGAGACUGGUAAUGCUGCUAUGCCUAUGAUUACUGGAAACGCGCGCUGGGCUGCCGGUGGUGUUGCUGCUGCACUGGCCCUCGCCGCUCUCUGA